AUGGAAAAAGACUCAACAUAUACUGGUCAGAAAGAUAAACGUCACUCAACAUUAGAGGAUACAAUAAAAAGCGACCAAAGUAGUAUACUUGAUUUUGGUAAACAUGGAAUAUUUGUCGAGAGAACGCUGGCACUCAUUAAACCAGAUGCAAUUCAAAAUACAAAUGAGAUUGAAGAUAUGAUACUGAAAAGUGGUUUUACCAUCUUACAAAAACGUCGAGUUACAUUGACAGCUGAACAAUGUUCCGAUUUUUAUAGUGAGCAUUAUGGCAAAAAGUUUUUUCCAUCUCUCGUUGCAUUCAUGACGAGUGGACCAAUAUUAGCCAUGGUGUUGGCGAGAGAAAAUGCAAUAGGUGCAUGGCGAGAAUUAAUUGGGCCGACAAAUUCAACCCAAGCCAGAGAAUCACAUCCUGAGAGUGUUCGAGCACUUUUUGGCACAAAUGAACAGAAAAACGCUGUGCAUGGAAGUGAUUCACCUGUUAGUGCUGAAAGAGAAAUAAGAUUCUUCUUUCCAAAUUGCAUUGUUGAACCAGUUCCUGUUGGUCGACCAGCUAAAGAUUAUCUAGAACAAAAUGUAAAUAAAACAUUAAUUAAAGCUUUGACAGCAUUAUGUAAAGAAAAACCAAAAGAUCCCAUUGUUUGGCUUGCUGAUAAAUUAAUUGAAAUAAAUCCUUAUAAACCAAAACUAAAUAAAGUAGAACAAACAUUCGAUGAGUCUCCGACAUCGUCCUCAAAUGAACAGUUGUUGAAUCGCUCUGAUUAUAGAUAA